AUGUCGCCUCACAUCAAGUCUUUGACGGCUCUGGCAUUCUUGCCCCUAGCUUUUAGCUUCAAUCUCUGGCCCUUGGUUGAAACGGAAGCAUUGGCAGAGAUCCUACAGAUUGCACCUGCUUGUGUUGUGGCAUUCGAAAGAAAUUCUACCGUUGCCUGCGACCAAGACCUCUUCCAGCGAACCAUCAACGUUGACGGGCUCUGGUGGCAAGAGCAAGAUGUCACGACACUGUGCGAAACCGGCUGCCUCACCUCGGCACGCGAUUGGCACGCCAGUGUUGAAAGCAGCUGUGCCUACGACCUGAUGAUCCAAGGUGAUCGUCUUGUCGAGGCGGACACUCUUUCUGGUCGUUUCCUCGAGGGUCUCGAACUCGCCUGCACUCGCUCGGCAUCCAACGAAUGGUGCUUCAUCGAGCAGCAGGAGUGGACGGGGUCCGACAUGGUCACACCAGACUGCGCCGCGAACCCGGCCGAUCCGUUUUGCACGAACCCAGGGAACGUGAGCGCCGAGAACCGCCGUAUAUCGUCCCUAUACGACAACGACCUGCUGUGCUCCGAGUGCUUCCUCAAGCUCUUGUACGCCCGCGUCACGUCCGCGUUCCUCCCCGACGUCGACUACUCGGACUACCUGGUCGGGGAGUUCCAAGACAUCCAGGAGGUCUGCCAGACCACCGUCGGCGAGCUGGCCACUAGGGUGCUGCCCAACUACCCCCAUACGACGGACGCGGACGUCACUCCCAUCAGGACAGAGGUCACGUCUACCGAGACGGACGCCCCGGCGCCGACAACCACCUCGGAGCCCGUCCCGACCAAGGCCCCGGUGCCGGACACAGAAAAGGGCUGCGAAGCUGUGGGCUGGCAAUGGGUUGACGUCCUCGUCAUGGAAGAAUCCACAAUUGCGGAGACGGAGCUUGAGUUCUGCAACGAGAUUGCCGAAAUCUAUGGCGUCGCGACGGGCGAUUUGAUGUAUACGACAAACACCCCCGGCGCAUCGAUUGCGGAAUCCGCAUCCAACACAACCCACAUCGUCAACGCGGUUCAGAUAGCCACCUGGAACCCGCAUAUUCUCGGUGCUUGUGAUCAUCUGGUCAAAGAUCAUCGCCCAGGUGGCUCCUGGACGGGCCCGCCUACCAGCGAGAUCCCAGACGACAGCGAUGGUCCUGUGCGCGGCGGUCCUGGUACCACACCCACCCUUCCCAUCAUUGACAACCCCGAUACGCCACCGGAGCCGGUCCAAGAAGGCAUCUCCUCGGUCUGCAAGCGCUACGUGUUUGCGGACAAGGGCGCUUCGUGCUGGAAAGUAUCAAACGAUGGCGGCAUUACCCAGAAGAGACUAUUCGAGCUGAACCCGGUUUUGGGCACCAACGGGGAGAACUGCGACACCAUGCUCUGGCUCAACUACUACUACUGCGUUGGCACCGAGAGCCUGGGCUCGCCGACCACGACGGUGACAAGGACGACGUCGCCCACAAUCUCCCCAACAGCGUCUUCUACGAGCGCUCCAAAGCCGUCUCCGACUCAGGAAGGCAUCGUGGGCAACUGCAACAAGUGGGUGCAGGCCGUGGCCGGCGACUACUGUUGGAAACUGGCCAACGACGCCGGCAUCGACACGGCCCUGUUCUACCAGUGGAACACCGUCCUCGGAUCCGGAGGCGAGAAUUGCGGCACCAUGAUAUGGCCGGACUACUACUACUGCAUUGGCGUCUCUUCUGGCAGCGCCACCACCUCGUCGCCUCCUACGACGACGUCCGCCGGUCCCGCAAAGCCGACUGCCACUCACGCAGGCAUCCCGGCAAACUGCAGCAAGUUUGCCGAGGCGCCCGCACAAGGCGCGUCUUGUUGGCAGUUGGCGACCGAUAACGGCAUCGAGCUGAGCCGGUUCUACCAGCUCAACCCCUCGCUUGGCACCAACGGGGAGAAUUGCGGCACCAUGAUCUGGCCAGGUUAUUUCUACUGUGUGAGCGUAGCAUAG